AAUUAAAAAAUUAAAAUUAAAAAUUAUUUUAAAACAGAGUAAGAAAAAAAAAAUUAACAAGUAAUUAUAGCAAUAUAUACAUGCCUAGGUGAAAUAUAAAACCUCUUCUCCUUAACAUAACCCUUGUUGUUGCUCCCUCUACCUGAAGUCUGAACUCUGUCUUACUGCAGGUCCUUGCUCAGCACUCAACUUAGUCCUCGUUGACAUACCUCACCAGUCUUCACUCUCGCUUCGCUGCUUUGUCACUCUUAGCUCGCCCUUCAUUCAUAAUUGUGGUACAUAGCUUCUCAUCACCUUCUCUGUCUGUUUUAUUUAUUUAUUUUUUAUUGUCAUAUGUUAAUUUUGUUUAGAUCUGGACUUGUUUUUGACUUUAUUUCUGUGGAAUAUUGGAUUUUGUGGAUACAUGGCCAACAAAUUGAAAGGAAUGAUUUGCAAAGUGGAGUAUUAAUUAAUCCAUGAUAUAUGAAGAUAGAAUGCACGAGUCCACCUUAAAGUUAGUCUUCACUCUCGCUUCGCUGCUUUGUCACUCUUAGCUCGCCCUUCAUUCAUAAUUGUGAGUUUUCCACACAAUGGAAGUAGGAACUGCCCUUAUAUCUGUCACCUUUGAAUGGUUAAUCAAUAAGUUGGAGUCCAAAACCAUUGAUUGGUUUGAAUCAAGAAAGGAGGCACGUGAUGCAUUAGAGAACUGGAAAAAACUUUUGCCGAGCAUACGUGGUGUUCUUGAAGAUGCAGAGACGAAGCAAUUAACCAAUAACGUUGUAAAGACAUGGCUUUCAGAGCUUAGAGACAUAGCUUAUGAUAUGGAGGAUAUCCUGCAUGGAGUUGAAGCUGAUGCACGAAGGCAAGAAUUGAAUUUAAAAACUUCUGAUCAAACCACCACCAUUAGGGCAAGAAAAGUUAUACCAGUGACUUCAUGUUUCACAGGCUGUAGUUCUAUUCCCUAUGACUUCAAGGUUGAUCGGGAGACUAUUUCCAAGAUAAAGGGCAUUACUAAGAGAUUGGAAGGCAUCAAGGCACAGAAAGAUGCAUUGGACUUGAAAAUUGAACAUGGGACUAGCAGAGCUGUUACACAAAGGACUUCCACUAUUGGGGUGCCUGAAAGUCAUGUUUUUGGCCGGCAAAAGGAUAAGGAUGCUAUUCUUCAAAAGCUGUUAAUUAAUGAAGAUAGUACCAAAUGCUUUUCUGUGAUUCCCAUUGUUGGAAUGGGAGGAUUAGGGAAGACUUCACUUGCUAGUCUUGUUUAUAAUGAUGAAGGAUUGAAAGGUGUGUUUGAGCUAAAAGCAUGGGUUUGUGUCUCUAAUGAAUUCGAUGUUCUUCAAAUAACAGAGUCUAUUUUGAAACUAGUGAAUGAUGAAAUACGUGGGAAACAAAUGAAUGAAGAAAUACCUGGCAUUUAGCCAUUUAGGGUUCUGUGUUUCAGAUUUUGCCCUUUUCCGCAUUACACAGGUCAUUGCUUCUUCCACAAAGAAUAUACCAGCUAUUGUUAG